AUCUCAAAAUCAUGCUCGUUCUGACAAUGCCAUUGAAACACGAUGAGUAGAUUCAUCCCAUAGAGGCCAAGUGUACCUAUACAUAGCUUAAACCUUCAUAAUCCAACAAUUUCUGGCGCGUCUUACAGUAUCGAGCAGGUAGAUGUCGUCGAAGCUCCAUAGCAAGGCACGGUGCCGUGGUAUCGGCGCCGUCACCGUCAGAUCCGAUCUAAAUCUGACCUAGAACCCCCGCUCGUCCAUGAACAGGCUUGGCGUGCCAUACCACACUCGAUGCAACCAAGUAUCUCUUUUCUCUCACCUUUGCUAUGAAUCAACUUCAUCGUUGCCGAUUCAUGAAGCCAUCGCGCCGAAUAUAAUAAUCCAAAGCUAAAUCACUAUGUCUCCAACCAAGGAAGCUGUCUCGACACAGAACGCGCCGGCACCUCUGCCACAAUUCUCACAGGCUGUCAAAUACAACGGAAUGGUGUAUUGCUCGGGAAGCAUCGGCAUAGACAUGUCGACGAAAACACUGGCAAAGGGCGGCGUCCAACCUGAGACUCGGGCUGCAAUCAAGAAUCUCUCUGCUGUCCUCAAGGCAGCGGGGAGCGACCUAAGCAACGUUGUCAAGGUCAACGUCUUCUUAACCACGAUGGAUGAUUUUGCACCGAUGAAUCAGGUGUAUGAUGAGUUCUUUGGAAGCAUCAAUCCCAAGCCCUGCCGAACCUGCGUCGCAGUACAUCAGUUACCCUUUGGCGCCAAGAUGGAGAUUGAAUGUACUGCAUUCGUACACCCGAGCUCUAAGUUAUAGAUAUUCAUGUCUCAAUUGGCUCUCUGAAUCUUGUCCAAUGUGCACGCUGGUACCUUUCUGAGUGAUGUAACAUUGUAUGGCUCGCCGUUACCGGGCCGUUGGCUCAGAGGGCAGGAUCUGCAACUCGGCACCUAGUCUAAGACACCGCUACUAGCCUGAACCCUGGCAACUGGCUAGGGCAGCUAUGCAAAUUGGG